GCGCUGCAGUUACAUAUUAGAGCCAGUAGAAUAGCAUUCGAAACAAUUAUAGUUAGGGCAUUCGUUCCCGCAUAGACAUUUGGGUCAAGUGGCAUCGUUUCUUCUGGACAUUCAUUAGAUCUGUAAUAAAGGUUUCACCAAAUCUAUGUUAGGAAUUUUAUAUUGAUGUUGUGUUGGUUUAUGAUUGAGACGAAUGUCAAGAUUACUGCUAAAAUGGCUUGCGGCAACAUUAUGUUUACUUCGCGUACAUGGAGAUAGAACUUUGGGUGCCAUUUUCGAUGACGGCACAUUUUUAUUAGAAGCCGCAUUCAACGUUGCAAUUGCGGCGGCAUCCGAAGACCAAGAAAAUCCAUUUGUAGCAAAUGUCAUAAAAACAUCUCCUUCUGACUUAACUGAAGCUGAAAAUGCGAUGUGUACGCUUUUAGAGAGUAACGUGUUUGGAGUUUUUGGUCCAACAAAGAAAGGUUCAUUACAACAUAUUCAGUCUAUAGCGGAUUACCUGGAAAUACCUCACAUUAUUACCGAUCCUGUGGAAACACAGAAUCGCAAUUGGUCUGUUAUUAAUUUGUUUCCACAUCACUUGGCUUAUUCUCAGUUGUUUGCAGACCUCAUUGAAUUAAAAGGGUGGACGGAUUUUACCAUAAUUUAUGAAGGUGCAGAACUUUUACCAUUUUUCGACAGCAUUUUAUCAAUGCAAGAUUUAGACACUGGUCAGAAAAUAUUAAUAAAAAUCGUACAAUUACCUGAUGGUGACGAUUUCAGGUCGCAAUUGAAGUUCAUUAAAAAGUCAGGAUCGGUAAACUACAUAAUAAACUGUAAAAGAGAAACGUUGCCACUAGUGCUGGAACAAGCACAGCAAGUGGGAAUCAUGUCUGAUGAACAUAGCUACUUAAUCAUGAAUCCAGAUUUCCAAACAAUAGACAUAGACCCAUUUAAACAUGGAGGUUCCAGUAUUACAGGAAUUCGGAUGUUCGAUCCAAGUUUAGAGUCCAUUCAAAACUUUAUCACAUCUUUAAAUGAGAAAGUAGCCGAACUAUCUGAGAACGAAAUAGAAAAUGCGAUAGCAGAAAAUGGUUUGACACUAGAUUUAGCUUUGGUAUACGAUGCUGUUACCUUAUUUGUUUCAACUUUGAAUGCUAUGUCUCUUGAAGAGGGUUCCAAUGUAACUUGUGAUGACGCAGAAAGCUGGGGCUUUGGAUCUAGCAUUGUAAAUUAUGCGAGGACUAUGGAAGUUGAUGGACUAACAGGGAUAAUAAAAUUUGACGAAGAUGGUUUCCGUUCAGAAAUUGAAAUAGACGUACUUGAAAUUAUGAGCUACGGAUUAGAUAAGGUAGGAACGUGGACGUUAGAGGAUGGUUUUGUUGAAACAAAAGACAAUGUAUCGCCAGCAGAACAAGAAGGGUCCGAAUCAAUGAAAGGCAAACAUUUUGUCGUUCUCACAGCAUUGAGUGCUCCUUACGGUAUGCUCAAAGAAUCUUUGAAAAAACUUGAAGGCAAUGACCGAUACGAAGGCUUCGGCAUUGAACUCAUUGACGAAUUAGCUAAAAUAAAUGAAUUUAAUUACACUUUCGAUAUACAAGAAGAUGGGGUUUAUGGCUCGUACGAUAAGAAGACAGGCAAAUGGAACGGAAUGAUGGAGAAAAUUAUGGACGGUAGAGCAGAUUUCGCUAUAACGGACUUAACCAUAACAGCAGCUCGACAAAAAGCAGUAGACUUCACUAGUCCUUUCAUGAACCUAGGUAUAACCAUAUUGUAUAAGAAACCAACAAAGGAACCACCAGAUCUCUUUUCCUUCAUUUCACCGUUUUCCAUGGGAGUAUGGGGAUGGUUGGCUGGAGCGUUUGUAGGCGUAUCUUGCCUUUUAUUUAUAUUAGGACGACUGGCUCCAGAAGAGUGGCAAAAUCCAUAUCCAUGUAUAGAAGAACCAGAAACAUUGGAUAAUCAGUUCACUUUAGCCAACUCUUUUUGGUUUACGUUAGGAAGUGUGCUUACUCAAGGAUCUGAAAUUGCACCCAUUGCCGUAUCAACUCGUAUGGCUGGAAGUAUGUGGUGGUUCUUCACUUUAAUCAUGGUUUCAUCUUACACGGCUAACCUAGCUGCUUUUCUUACGGUCGAAUCAAAGUUUUAUGCUAUUAAAAGUGUAAAUGACCUCGCAAGCAACCCGUAUGGAAUGACUUAUGGCGCUAAGAAAGGAGGAGCUACCUUCAGUUUCUUCAAGGAGUCAGAUAAUUUACUGUAUCAAAAAAUGUAUCACUAUAUGGAAGACCACCCAGAAUUACAGACAGCAACAAAUGAUCAAGGUUUGGACAGAGUAAAAUCGGAUUCAGAAAACUAUGCAUUUCUAAUGGAAUCUACAUCGAUCGAGUACAUGGUCGAGAGAAACUGUGAUGUCGCACAAGUUGGCGGGUUACUGGACAGUAAGGGCUAUGGCAUCGCUAUGAAAAAGAAUUCUCCUUAUCGACAACCAAUGAGCGAAUCGAUACUGCAACUGCAAGAAGAGGGAAAACUAACGAGAAUGAAAGAUAAAUGGUGGAAAGAAAAACGUGGAGGGGGUGCUUGUGCCGAUGACGACGCGGGCGGCGGUGAAGCCCAGCCCUUAGUGCUAGCGAACGUGGGCGGCGUUUUCAUUGUGCUCGCUGCGGGUUCGGGCAUGGCUGUCGUCUGCGCCUUUGUGGAGAUGGUAUUCGACGUGUGGAUGAUAUCCCGCAAGAUGAAGGUAUCGUUCCGAGAAGAGUUGAAAGCGGAAUUGAAAUUUAUUCUGAGCUUUAGUGGGGAUACCAAACCUGUUCGCCAUAGAGAGUCUACUGGCAGCGGUUCUGGUGGCUCUAAGGAUGAUGGGGAGAAGAACGCUGAUGCAGAGUCGCCAGAUGAUGAUGAUCGCGCAGACCCAUCACCCACCCCGCGAUCUGAGAGGUCGGGACAUUCUCAUCAUACUCUGCAUAGUAGGAGACAGAGCAAUGCGGUACAGAUGGCUAAAAUGAGGAAAUAUAGCUUGCGAAGUGCUAUGUAGGCUACAAAUAAAUUA